CCGGCUGGAGGAGCACGGCGAUCCCGUGAUGCUCCGGGUUCUUUUCAAUGGCGCAGCGACAGGCCGGCGGUGACUGACGCCCAUCGGCGAGGGUCGGAUCAGCGGCGAGCGGGGGGUGUCUGGAGGACGUCUGGCACGGUUUCUGGCCACUGGCAGACCCCGGUGAAAUGCUGUAAAAUGUUAGGGAUUGCAAGUGAUUAUGGCAUCUAGACCUCAAAAUGUCAGACAAGGUGUGUUAUUUGCUGUGGAGGAUGAGCUUAUUGAAGAGAAGCAACUUGGUAAAAGAAUGCAUUCUGAUUGCAAUGAGACUAUGAAAAAGGUUAAACUUUCGGAAUGUAAAGAGGCAACUCCUGAGAUUAAUCGAUCAUCCACUGAACAAGCAGAGAAAACCUUGCCUAAAACAGCCAAAGCAGUGUGCGCUAAAAAAAAACUAGACGUCGAGUCCAAAGAAACGUGGACAACAAAAAGCAGCGUCCAAGCUUUUGGAGCUGUGACAUGGCAAAUAAAGAAAAUGAAGUAGUAUGUUCAGGAACUGUACCUAAACUAUGUAAUGACAAUCGCAACUCACAGCUGAACUCUGGUGAAUUUCCUGUUUCGCAGACUGAUGGUGCUUCUGUGACAUAUGCUGAUUAUUUUGCACAGAUUUCCAAGGAUCAUGCUACUAUGACACAAGUGCUAUUUGGUAGAAACCUAAGACUUAGUGUGGCCCUGACUUUCUGGCAAAAAAGUGCAAGUGAGCUAGUGGCUUACUUGGUCAGGAUACAGGACACUGCUGUUGUUGCAGAUUGUCUACCUGUACUUACAAAGAGUCUAGAAGAAGAGAAAGAAAGCAUCUCCAUAGGUUGUUGUGUUGAUCUGUUACCAUUAGUGCAAGAAUUAUUAAGAAGCAGGUUUGAAGAAUACUUGAUUGUUGGUUUGAACUGGCUACGGGCUGUCCUUAAGCGAUGGUGGCCAGAACUAUCUGCAAAUGUAAAAAAUAGUGAUGCAACCAAUGUAGAAGACCGAAACAUUGUGAUUAUGAAAGAUCAGUUACGACAACUACGGGAACAGGGCUAUCAUCUAUCUUCAGUUCCAGGGUAUACUGGAAAAGUAGCUAAGAGUGUGGGAACAUACCUGGAGCAGUUAUACUAAGUAUAUGCAGCAUCCAGGGGACUUCGUUUCCCAGGACUAUCACCUGUAGCAUCUGCUUUACAACUCCACAUAAACCACCUUGUUUGUUGAAAUGUAUGGGAGACCAGCACUGCAGGGAGUGAUCAACAGUAGGCUCGGCACUACAUUCGUUGCUAAGAAUGUUGCAAAACCACUAUUGAACCAUAUGAAGCUACUUCACAUUGAAGUGGUUUAUUUGCCAAGCGGCACGUAACUCGACUCCAUGAGCUGACAAAGUGACACUGUUCUGCGUUCCAGAUUUGUACAGCCUAACUUGGACAGGAGAUCUGUGUUCUUCAAUAUUGUCACACCAGUGCCAAUCAGCUGCCACUGAAAUGCUGCUUCAGUGCACUUGGACACUAUGAAUGUAUUUUCUGUAUAUUUGAUUCAACGUUGUAAAGUUUGCAAAUGGCAGUGCAGCAGUAAAUUAUCAUUUCAUUAAAGUUCCAUAGUUGAGCAUGCAGUUGUUUACUAAUCACGUCAGCAAGGUGACCUUAACAAAAUGUGCAUAGUACUGUAUUCUUUUAAUUGAACCAUUAAAGUAGACAUUUCAUGUGAGUUUGCACUUAAAUAAAAAAAGUUCUGUCUUUAUGUAGAAUUCAUUCAGAACAUGUGCAUAACUUUCUCAUAAAAGAUUAUUCAGUGAACCUUUUGCAUUUGCUUUCUACUUUGAGUCUUAGAGUAAUACAGCAUGGAAACAGGCCCAUUGGCCCAACUCUUCCAUGCUGACCAAGAUGCCCUUAUCCCUCUGAACUUUUCCUAUCUUUGUACCUGUCUAAAUAUCUUAGAGGCAUGGAGAAAAGAAAAUACAAUUUGGAUGGGCUGCUUUUCUUAAAUUGAUAUCAGUGCAAACAAUUAAUGCAGGAAAGUUAAUGGUACCCUACUUUAUGACCUUGGCAACAGUCUGGAUCCAACUUGAAUGCUUGCUAGGUUGAGACAGAUUAUAAAGAAGAAUAACAAAUUAGGUUGGUUUAAAUAGUUGUGACGGUGGUAAUCUCAGUUGUAGGAUUUACCAAUUGAAGCAAACCCACUUUAGGAUUUAAAAGUUCAAAACUCAGGACCAAGAUAUCAUUUUUAUAAUUGAAAAAUACCUUUGUUACAGUGCUGAUAUCAAAUGUGGGAGACCCAUUUGGAUUCACUUUUGUUUGUUGAGGUCUUUAUAAUGUUUUGAUAGAUCUUCAUUUUCCAGAUAAACCGAAUAGAACAAUCUGUUGAAUCUCAAGAUUCCAUCCGUAAAAUUGUCUCUCAAUUUUCAAAUUACACAAAUCUAGAUGUAACAACUGUUGCAGUUUUAGAUAAUAUUGGUAAAGAUUAUAAUGUUAGAGAGACUACUUUGUUAAUAUUGGAAACCUAAAUUAGUCAUUAUUUCCCUAUUUCACAUUACAAAGAAGGUGACAAUUUCAGUCUGUCAAGUCUUUGCUGACUCACAGAACAAUCCUAUUUCCCCCAUUAGUUUUUCCCCUGUAACCGAUUCUCCCCAUAUUUGCAUCAACCACCGCCACCCCCCAAAUUUUACCAUUUGCCUUCACAGUAGGGGCAGUUUACAGUGAUCAACUAACCUACCAGCCCACAGAUCUUCUGGAUAAGAGAGGAAACUAGAGUACCUGGGGGAAUGGGGUUGUUCUGUAAGACUCAAUAUCAGUGAGAAUGUGCAAACUACACACAGCACCACUCAGCUAUUUAACAUUCUAUGCAUCUUUUGUUUAUGACCAUCAGUGAUUAGCUUGAAAAUCUGAUGGUCUGCUGCAAGCAAGAUCUUCAUUGCACCUGUGCGUACAUGUACUUGUGCAUAUGACAAUAAACUCAACUUUGAUGUAAUGG